AACCUCCAUUUCGUCUUAGCAACAGAGGAUUGCAUAGUUUUCCUAGCAACUGUACCAUAACGAUCUCUGGAAGGGAAAAACGGUCACUUUAGUUGGGUCUCACCAAGAGAACACGAGUUUGAAGACAUAACAAAAAAUGAUUCAAGUGGCAUCUAGGGCGAACAUGGAAUAUCCAUCAUCAAACAUAAAUGAUGUGGAGGCAAAGAUUCGAAAUGCUGCCCAAGUUAGAUGUGCAAGAACAGAUGAGUACUUAAAGGAUUUUGACAGGCUUCGUACUGGAUAUAUAACAAAAGUGCAGCUAAAACGGUGCUUAGAUCAGCAUUAUGGCAUCGUUUUGGAACCUCUUGAAGAAGAUAUCCUCAUGGCAAAAUAUGGCUCAGAUAGACAAAAGCCUGGCAUGUUUAACUACAGAGAUUUUUGUGCUGUGAUUGACAAAGGAUUUGAAGCCACAACCUAUCCAAAAGAACAAAGCAAAACAUCACCAAAUGUGAUCUCAAGAAGACCGAUCAGUCCAGAACUGAAUGAAAAAUCCCAACAGAUACUGACUCGCAUUGCGCCGCACUACGAAUAUCAUGGCAUCAAUGUCAAGUCUUGCUAUGAAGAUUUCGAUAAGCAUAACAUCGGGACAAUAACUGAAAGUCAGUUCUAUCGCAGCUUUCCUGGUCCAUCGGAUGUCCAAGAAAGUGAAAUGCGUCUGCUUGCUAGGAAAUAUCGACAUCCAACCAAACAGGGGAUGUGCAAUUAUCUGGAUUUUCAUCAAGACAUUGUCGAAACUCAGAAUGAAUUGAAUUCUUCCAAAAUGGCACAAAAGGACAUUGAGUUUACAGAAGAUGAAUUCAUAACAACAAAGUCGAGAAAAGAAACCGAUCUCCAAGGAGUGUUUAGCAAGAUUCGUGUUGCUGUUCACAAAAAUGGAAUCCGUACAACUGAGUUUUUCAGAGACCAUGACAAACUUAGGAGUGGAAUAAUAACCGAGAACCAGUUUGUUUGUGGAUUAUCACUUUGCUGCGGAUCUCAAGCCAGCUUAACGAGAGACGAAAUCCAGCUUCUUGUGAACUUCUACAAAUUGCCGGACGGGAGAGUGCGGUACAAGGAAUUCUGUGACUCCAUGGAGAAUGCGUUUACCAUUCCACAUUUAGAGAAGAACCCAACAGCAGUAGUUUACCGUCCUCAAGUUGGCGAGCUUGCCAAGGUGCCCAAUACACUGUCUCCUGCAGAAGAAGACAGUGUGAUGUCUGUUUUGACAAAUCUACGAGAUAUAGUGCAGAAAAAGAGGCUGAUGAUAUACCCGUAUUUCAAAGAUUUUGAUAGGGCAAAGGGAUACACACGCUGCAUCACUAAAACUCAGUUUAGCAGAAUGCUCCACAUGGUUGGAUUGGACGUCUCCCAAGCAGAUCUAGAGCUUUUAGCUCGGAAGUUUGACUGUGGUGGUGAUGUAUAUUAUCCAGCAUUUAUUCAAGCCAUCGACUCAGAAUAUGUAGGAACUGCUGAGCUGAAGCAGAAUUCUUCCUCAGAAAGGUCUUCCAGCAUUAUUGGGACGCCUACGACUCCUGUAACAAAGAGAGUUGAUCUGGCAGCAGUUGUUGGACGGAUUCGCCAUCAUGUAUUAGUCAACAGUUUGAGGAUAGAAGAGUUCUUUCAAGAUUUUGAUCCUCUUCGGCAUGGCUCUAUUAGUGAAAGCCGAUUUCGAAUGGGCCUAAGUGCAAUGGGUUCUAAUCUUAGUGAAGCUGAGUUUAAAUGUUUGACCCAAACUUAUGCAGACCCAAAGAGAUCUGGGAACGUGUUGUGGAAUGACUUUUUGCUCGACAUCGAAAUUGUUUUUACAAAACGGGGAUUGGAGAAAACUCCAAGAUACACAGUUGCCACAUCUAAGGAAUUUGUCAUGCAAAAGCCGGGAACAAUAAACUGGGAAAGCACCUCAGCCGAAAAAAGACAAAUAUUAGACUCAGCCAUGUCGAGGAUGAGAGAAACUGCAAAGCAAAGAAGGGUCCUUGCCAAACCAUGUUUUCAAGAUUUUGACAGACAUAACAAAGGCUACGUCACAAAGUCCCAGUUUUGUCAGUGUCUCACUUCCCUUUGCCUGAAUGCGAGCAAAGAAGAGAUGGACGUGAUUAUUGAAAAAUAUGCUGAUGAUACCGGCUUUAAUUACGUCAGAUUCUUAGAAGACCUACAGCCUUCAGAGAAAACCGAAAAUAAAUACAUUGAGCGGCUAAAAGAGCUGGAACUUGUUAACAAGAAAGAAAUAAAAGAUUCGGGAAGUGCUGGCAUUGUGCAUGUAAUGAACAAAAUAAGAACUAAAGUCGUCAAAGAGAGAAUUAGAGUCGAAGAGUUCAUGAGAGAUUAUGACAAGCUCAGAACAGGAAGGCUUUUGAAGAGCGUCUUUCCACGGGCCAUUGACCUCUGCCAGUUGGGACUUGUUAAAUCCGAAGUCGAAGACCUAAUGACAUUCUACGAGUCAUUGAAUUAUCCUGACUAUGUGGAUUACACACAAUUCUGCGAUGAUGUCGAAAGUGUUUUCACAGUCAAAGGUCUUGAGAAGAACCCACUCUACGAUGUGAAGCAGUUCCGACCACCGCCUGACAGCGAGAACAAUAAACUAGCCGAGAAUGCAGAGAACAUGCUGGAGACGGUCAUGCAUAGGCUGGCCGAUCGAGUGAGAAUAAGAAGGAUCCAGAUAUUUCCUCUGUUUGAAGACUACGACCGUGUUCACAAUGGAUCCGUCUCGAGGUCGCAGUUUCAUCGUGUUCUGAGUGAGCUGGAACUUGGCUCCCUUGUCAGCGCAAGGGAAUUCGAUGUCUUGUAUAAAAAGUUCGACAUUAUGAUUGGCGGGAAACACGACUUCAAUUAUAUUGGAUUUUGUGAUAUGAUUAACGAGUAUGCUCAGUUUGAAUAUGGGAAACCCUAGAAUACGCCCUUUGGCGAGGCAGAACAAUUUUUUUGUUUGAAAGCUUCUCAUUCUCUCUAGUUUUAAUAAUUGUGUUUUCGGUAUCAUGAAUUGUAAAUAUAUAUGUAUUGAAAAGACAAGCAUACUA